AAUGCUACAGAAAAAUGACAUCGUGUUAUCAUAGCCGGCCUGUUUUGGGGAAGCUCGGCCGUCUACUGGAGAUUGGGAUCCUUGCAAAAUACUGCCGCGCCACUGUUGAUUACCGCAAGGGCUGAUAUUUACGAUCCACACUAGCUCUUUUUGGUCUUUCCAGUUCUCUUUUUUAGUCAGCUCUCCGCAAACAUUGCCAGUCCGGGAGGAGGAGGAGGAGGCGUGGCGAAGCCCUCUUCUGGCAGCCAAUCAGGGCAGUUCAUUCUCUCGAGACGUCACCAUCCUUAGAACCUGCAGCAGCAACAAUAACAAUAACAGAGAAACAGUUCCAUAGGGUCGAUCAGCUGGGUGUGCGCGGCUGGAGCCAAACCGCAGAAACAGGCAGCAGCUGCUACUGUCAACAGCGUCAGAGGGAAAAAAACAACAAACCGAGAGACUCCAAAAUAGAAACGCUUCUUCUCCGAAAAAUGUCAUCGAGCGAGGCGACGGGGGUGCAAGAGGAGAAUUUGCAGGGUUCUUGGGUGGAGCUGCACUUUACCAGCAAUGGGAAUGGGAAUGGCAAUGGUCCCCAGCCAGCUAGCCAGGAACAAGGUCCAGCUUCAAUUUCUAUUCACAAUGGCGAUAUGGAGAAAAUUCUUCUAGAUGCCCAGCAUGAGUCUGGAAGAAGCAGUUCACGAGAAAGUUCUCAUUGUGACAGUCCUCCUCGUUCCCAGACGCCUCAGGACAUUCACAGAGCUUCUGAAGUGGAGAGUCGUGGCAGCGGAGAAAAGAAUAGCUCUCAGUCUGAAGAAGAUUUUCUGGAAAGAAGGAAAGAAGUUGAGCAGCUUUUGAAGAAAAAAUCAGACUGGAUGUGGGAUUGGUCCAGCAGGCCUGAAAACAUUCCACCCAAAGAAUUUCUGUUUAAACACCCUAAGCGCACAGCAACUCUUAGCAUGAGAAACACAAGUGUGAUGAAGAAAGGGGGCAUCUUUUCUGCAGAAUUUUUGAAGGUUUUUCUCCCAUCUCUGCUGCUUUCCCAUCUGCUUGCUAUUGGACUUGGGAUUUAUAUUGGAAGACGGUUGACAACUACAGCUUACAGUAGUUCAUUGUAAGAUGGGAACAAAUCUGCGUCUCCUACAGAAACCAUGACAACAUUCAUCCAGGCAUGCCAAGUGGUGAACAAAAAAGGAACUCCUGUGCACGCAACAGCGACAUGGUUAUGUUUUGGUCCCUUAAUGUUGUGCUCUUGGUUUUUAAUUGUAGAGGGGAAGAUUGAAAACUGAAGCCAAAUAGCUCCUGUGUAAACAAACCUCUUGUUGCUCAAUUCAUCCAAGCAUAGGUUAGAUGGAGGUCUUUAAUUGAACUGUGUGUGAGCAAAAGGAAUAUCCAUAUGGAACAUAACAUAGCAAGGAAUUAAGCUGCUUUGUCUUAUUUCACUUGUGCAAGAAGAUGUUGGUUUCUGUUGUUCUUGGUACCACUUCAUUGCAAACCAGGGAGUAUUAGGACAAGAGUAUUGUGGCCUUACAUUUCUAAAGACUGGAGUCUAGUAUUUACUUGAUGUGGUUUAGUGGUUUUCUUUAAGAUUCAACUAUAAAUCCUAAAUACAGGUUGGUGUGUGUUAGUAUGGGAUCUUUCCCUUUGUUUUUUAAAGUGAAAGUUUUUAUGCAAUGAAACUAUUCACAGUGGUAUAAAUAAGGGUGCCUGCAACGUGCAGUUAAAGUUGAAGCAACGGUUAUCCAUAUCUUCCCAUGUUUGGAUAAGUUACCACUCACAGUUUAAGAGGAAUGGCUGAGCAAUCAGCCCAAAGGCCCAUUGAGCCAAGGCCCCAAGCUCAAACAUAGAGCAAUAUAGCAAUAGCCAUCCCUUGAUUUUCGUCAAGUCUGGGACACAGAGAUAUCUCGUGUCUAGCACAUUUUCUGUUAUGAACUUCCAUUGCUAAUUACUCACCAAUUGGCUUAGUUUUUAGUCACGUAUGCUCUAGGCAAGGACAAACAUUUGCUAAAUAUUUGUGAUUUACACAUCUUUUGCCUCUCUUGAAUUUUAACAAUGGCUUUUAACACUUUAAAAACGAACUCCAGCUGUCCAUUUUUACCACUGAAGGGGCUGGCCCAAAAGAACCUGAUAUUAACCUCUAAUUAAAUGUGAGAGUGCAGCUCCUAAGUUAUUGUAGCAUUAGCAGCGUUAAUGCAGAUUGAAAAUCAGGAAGGAAUGUCAUUUUGCAGAUCUUACUGUUUAGUUAAAUAAAAGUUUGUGUAUGUUACUAGUACAAUACUUACCACUAUCAACCAAGGCAUUUUGGUAGUUCAGCACUUCCACAGCCAAGCAUAUUUUGCUGUACUCUGUAUAGGAGGGCCCUACCUGAUAAGGGGGAAAAAGGGUAUAUGAAUAGCUUGUUAAAAAAAAUCUGUAUAGACUGAAUUUUUUCAUUGGUUUUGUUUUACACAUUGUUGUUGCUGCUGCACAACUGCACCUGCUAAGAAGUAUUAUUGAUUGCAAUUAUGAAAAUGUAGUUGAAAAUCAUUUCAGCGUUAAGUGACCUUAAAUAACUCUUCAAAUUAGAAAUUAUAGAGAUGUAUUGCCUGGCCUCCCCUCCCUGGUGCUGUAAGUAUUGUGGACUUAAAAGCAAACUUGUUUUUAGACUGCUACUUAAUCAUUCAUUUCAGUUUUAUCCUUUGGCAAACAUGCAUUUUUUAAAUGCUUGAGUAGAACAAAUUAAUAUAGCUGCUAUUGUGUACUGUAACACCAUGUAUCAUCCUGUUGUGUCAACUGUCUGAAAUAUGAUUUAAUGAACUAGAUGAGCAGUUGGGUUGGCUUUAUUUUGGUACAGUAGGGCCCCGCUCAUACGGUGGGUUCCGGACCCCCGCUGUAAAGCGGAAAUUGCCGUAAAGCAAAACCCAUUGAUGAUAAUGGGAUGCGUCGCACAAAAAUGACGUUAAAAUGGAGCACGAUGGAAAAAAACGCCGUAAAAAUGGAACAAGCACCUUAAUGCAGGGACUUUCCCUAACUGAAAGCUGCCGCAUUAGCGAAGCACUGUAAAGCGGGGCCCUACUGUAUUUACUAAAUGGCUACAUAUGGAAAGACUACCGUAAGGUAUCGAUUCUUUAUUGGUGGGGGUGAGCACUGCAACUUAUACAAAUAGGUUUCCUGCUUUUAAGGACUUCCCAUCAGCGGAAAGAGCAACCAAAGGCUAGACAUGCGGAGCUCUCUACUGAAGUGAAUCUGCAGAACUGCUCACGUAGGAGUUCUCUAAAUGCCUUUCUACAUUUGAAUGCAUGGCUUACAAUCAAUUUUGUUCAGAUAAAUAUUUGGACUGUGUAUUGUUUAAAUCGGAUUUGAAGGAAUAUUCUUAUUAAUGUCAGCAGGUAAUGUUUUUUAAUUCUUGCUAUUUUUAUUCCUCCCCACCCCCCGUUAUAUUUGCAAAUAAAAAAUUGGGGAAAAAUAGAAGUAUUGAAACUCAUACAGAGUUAGAGGAGAAUGCUGCAUGUUUCUGGGCCUUAGUAAAAACAUUAAGACUGUGUUGCAAAGCUUAGAUAAACAUUUAAAAAAGGAAACCCAGCAUAUUUAAAACUGCUGUUACUGGCAAUUGUACAUACAUUGAAGUAGUUCUAUUUGUUCUGAUCUCACAAAAAGUAGCAGCCAAUAAAAUAGUAGCCUUGAAGCUGCCUGUUCCUCCCUUAGCCAUUGUGCCAUUAACCUAUGUACUACAUAUAAAUCUCAUUUAUGUGGUGGGAGUUUGUAUUGUGUUAAAAUAGUACUAUUGGCGUUCACAUAAUAUUAUGGAAAACAUCAGGAAGAUCAUCUGCUGGCAACAUACGAAGUCGAAAAGCUGUUAAAUACUCCACUGAAUGUAUAUUAUACGCUUAUUGCUACUGUACAAGAAGAAUAAAGUGAGUAAAUAUUU